AUGUUUGCCGCUCUUCUUUGCGUUCGCCAAUUUAGGCGAGUUCCAAAUUUCCAUCAAAGGAUCCCACAAUAUCGUUCAGUACGCUCACCAAAGCUUCUUCCUAGAGAAUUAGAAGAAUCCCGUCCACGUCAUAUCCAAAGAGUUCAUCGUCACCAUCAUAGAUAUCCAACACGUGGUGCUGAGGAAAACGUUUAUGUUCCAUUCCUUGGAGAAGUCCAAUUACCAACUCUUCCAACAAUUCAGCUUCCAAAGAUCGAAAUACCAAAGAUCGAAAUUCCAAAGGUCACAUUACCAUCACUUCCAUCUAUCCAGUUGCCGACACUUCCAUCCAUCCAAUUGCCAACAGUCCCAUCAAUCCAAUUACCAACAAUUCCAGGUCUUCCAACAAUUGCACCUGCCGCUGCAGCACCAGAUGUAACUCCAGCCGCAACAGGCAUUGUCAAUGAUGACCAAAUGAGAAGAAUGGGUUGGACAAACUACAAUCUUGCCGAUCUCAACAACUGCCUUAACAGAUUUUCAAUCAACACACCACCAAGAAUUCGCCACUUCAUUUCUCAGUGCUCACAUGAAUCUGGCAACGGCCGCUGGACACGUGAAAUCGCUGAUGGUUCUGCAUACAAUGGCCGCUAUGACCUCGGAAACACACAACCAGGCGAUGGUCCACGUUUCAAAGGCGCUGGUUACCUUCAAUUAACUGGCCGCAAUAACUAUCAGGCUUUCGCUAACUACAUGAAUGAUCAGAACAUCAUGCAAGGCGUUAACUACGUUGCUGAUAAAUAUCCAUGGACAUGCAGUGGAUUCUGGUGGAUGCGCAACGGAAUGAACGCUCUUUGCGACAAUGGAGCAAGCUGCAAUGAAGUUACACGCCGUGUUAAUGGUGGUUACAAUGGACUUGCCGAUCGCCGCGCUAAGUAUCAACUUGCUUGCACCAUCUUCUAA